GCGGUGGUCCACCACUCGAAAAAUAGACCAUCAUGGAGUACAGACGGCAGAACACGUUACUGAUAGCCAUCCUGCUGGUGUCUAAAGGUUUUGUUGGGCUGCAAGCGCAAGAGGAUGGCGAGGGCAACGACACAUGGGCUGAGAAAACCUGCAAGUGUGACUGUGAUGAAUCCUCUAGAAAACUGCUUUCCAAAGGUUCUUCUUCAAGUUGGGGGCAGCAGAUGGACUGCAUGCCAGAGUGUCCCUACCAUAAGCCCCUGGGUUUUGAGGCAGGAUCUGUGACUUCAGAUCAGAUGAGCUGUUCUAAUGAAGACCAGUACACAGGCUGGUUCUCCUCCUGGAUUGCAAGCAAGGCAAGACUCAACAGCCAAGGGUUUGGGUGUGCUUGGCUGUCUAAGUUCCAGGAUACCAACCAGUGGCUUCAGAUUGACCUAAAGGAGAUCAAAUCGGUUUCUGGGAUCCUGACCCAGGGACGCUGUGACUCUGAUGAGUGGGUAACCAAGUACUCUGUGCAGUACCGCACCACUGAGAAACUCAACUGGAUCUACUACAAGGACCAAACUGGAAACAACAGGGUGUUCUAUGGAAACUCUGACCGUUCUUCCACAGUCCAGAACCUGCUGCGUCCACCUAUUGUAGCCCGUUACAUCCGCAUCCUCCCUCUUGGCUGGCACACUCGCAUCGCCAUCCGCAUGGAGCUGCUACUAUGCAUGAAUAAAUGCACCUGAUCUGGAACACAUUCCAGCAAAGUCAUACCCAACUGGUUCCUGUACCGCCCCCUUUCUUGUAAUACAACAUGACAAAGUGAACAUCACUGCCCAAUCACUGCACUUGUUUCGAUUUUAUUUUAUGGUAUUUUCAAGGUGGAAAUAAUCAUUAGAAUGUGUUAUAGUUGCAUUCAUUUGUGUUGAAGAUGUUUUCCUUUUUUAAAAGAGUUUGUUAUUUUUGUCCUUUUAUUUGAUUUAUGAACAAAAAAGUUUUUUGCUUUGGCAAAUCAGAUAUCGCAUGGAGUUGUACUGAAUGUUGUUAUUGUGAGUUCUGAUGUGGUUUGUGAUGGUGUUUUAAUCCCACUGAUAUGACUAAUUCCUUUUUGUAUAUUUAUUAUGAGCCUACGUUGUUUAAUUGUGUUUGUGGCUUACCUGAAAAACAAUGGCAUUGAUUAAAGAACGUCUCUCUCUUGUG